AUGCUCCGUUCUUUAAUGCAACUAGAUUCUGCUCUUGGAUGCAUUCUACGACUCUCUCGAAGUCAAAGCANCCAUGCACAACAACCGGCAAAGACCACAAACACACAGCAAACAAACCUUCAAACCGUAAGCACUCAAACCACAGCUCAAAACGCCGUUCCUGAUACUUCAGUCACAAGAGGGAAGCAACUUGUGGAGUUAGCUAAGCAGAGAAAARGAAAACGUARCAUCGAAGUGACGCAAACUCAAAACAGCCCUUUCAAGCGCCCUAAAGUAGUUGAAAGUACGACGCGUUCAGCAAGUAAUGUGCAUUGUUUUAAGGAAAUCAACCCGUCGUUACUUGCUCCCAUAAAGGACAAGAAAAUUGGGCGGGGAACAUUUGGGGACUGUUAUCUAACUGUCUAUAGAGGUGAAUUCCAAGUCGCCGUCAAACAAAUCAAAACCGCGAAUGACUCUUCAAUCGAAAAUGAAAGGGCGAGACGAGAGGUUCUGCACGAAGCGUCAGUUAUUACAGAACUAGGCGACCACAAAGGCCUCCCCCAUUUGUUUGGGAUAAUAACUGCAUCUAAACCACACGGCCUUGCCCUCCAGUUCCACCAUGUGGGCAGCCGGAGUUUAACUUUGAGCAGAGCGGCUUCAACUGAACCGAUCGGGUCACAUUUGCCCACGGCAAGUUCGAUCAUAAGGGACAUUUGUGACACUUUGUUAUACAUUCAUAGUCAAGGUUUCCUCCACAACGAUCUCAAAGGGAACAACGUUGUACUUGAAAGAGCAUCAGAUAAUACUUAUAAUCCAGUCAUAAUCGACUUUGGAAAAAGUGUAAAGAUGUCUAAAGCGAGGCUAUGUAAGCCAAAAGUUAAUGUGGACGAGGCAAUAAAACAGUUYCCGCACAUCGCCCCUGAAGUCCACCGUGGGCAGAAACAAACAACUGCUAGCGACGUCUAUUCUUUUGGAUAUCUACUAGCAAGGUUUGCUAAAAAAACAAGCUUUGACUUACUUUUUAAAAAUAUCGCAAAGAAGUGUUCAUCCACUUGUCCAGCCAAAAGGCCAAAACUAGAUGAAGUUAGUGCCAUGUUACAAGAACUUUAG